UUGUUUAGAGCAGUGUGAGGUCAUCAAACAUUUCAGGAGUAGAAAUUCAAUCCACAAAAACCAAACCAAAACAACAAACAAACCCCCAGCUGGACAUCAAAAGUUUACAAAAACAGGUUUCGAUACUUAAAUCCCUCCACAUAUCAUUUAAAAAUGAAUAAAAUACAGCUGUAGACUUUAGAUCAAGUAUUACAUUUCAUUUCCAAGAAGCUCUCAGGUAUGUUUGUCAGGGAGCCAAUUUUAAGGACAGUUAAAUCUUCUGCUUAAAAGAGAAUUGGAAAAGUUAAAAAUGGGAAUAGGAUUCCACAUUCUGCCUUUAUGGAAUUUGAAGAAAAGUCAAGCCUCUGCCAGGUACCAUGAAUUUAAACCUAACAGACCUUUGGGUUUCCCCCACUUUGAGAAACACAAGUUUUCUUUAUGUGUAAAUGCUUACUUAGCUCAAGCAACCUUAAGCCACUUCCUAUUAACUUAAUUUUAAACCACAUCAGAAGGUAUGCUGGGAGCACAUGCAGGAAGGAAGCAACUCUGUAUAUAGUUAUUUACACCUUUGCUCUAUUCAAAAUGCAAUUAUCAGUGAAAUGGCCUCCUACUUUUCUUACUUAUCUUUUGUUCCUUUAUCCUGAUCAUUUAACCUUUUGUUUUAUUUUAUUUUUAUAUUUUUCUGGUAGAAAUAGCACCCUUUCUGCAGGGUUACACAAUCUAAAACCUGUCUCAUCCAUGAGUAAAUAAUCGAUUUUUCUUGAUAAAAAUAUCUUUCUGCAAAUGACUCUGGAUAUGAACCUACAGCUCAUGUGAAUUAAAUUCAUAAGACAUGGAGACCCAUAGAAGAUAUGAACACUGGCUUCCAGGGGAAUAUAUCAUGUGCUGCAAUGAAAGAAAGAUUACUGAUAGCUUAAGAAGGACACAGAAAGGGAGUGAGGGAGUAUGUGGACCUGAAUGAGGUGGCCAAUCCCAGUAUGUUUCUUCUCUGCUAGGAGGCUGGGGCGAUCAAUCUAAUUAUCAAAAACCUCUUUCCCAGAAAUAGAAUAUAAGUGCCCUGGUUCAGAGGGAGCAGAGUGUAGUAGGCUCAGGAAGUAUUUGUAGAGCCAACUAUUUUAUCUGUAGCAAUAUUUCCCUUGAGCAGCAACUCUCAUGUCUGUGAGAGCCCCUGGUUCAAUACCCUUGGGUCUGCCAGGAUCCUGAGUGCAAUGAAACCAAUGUUGUUCUUGAUCCAAAACCAGAUAAAGUGCACCCCAGAAGGGUACUCAAACUCACUCCUCAACAAUGAGUCCACAAAGGUUGCAGGUUGACAGAAAUUUAUCAACUCAAAAGAAACAUUUUAUCAUUUCCUUUCCAUUUUGUUCUACCCUUAACAACAUGAGGCACAGUCCUUAGAGUGACACACCACAGAUACAGAAACAGCAGCAAAAACCACUUCGGUGGCAUUUCAAUCUUGUCUGCUCUGGGCCCUGCAGCCAGGCCAACCAUGAACACAAACAGCACCAGAGCCUUUUCUACCCAGGGACUGCCUUCAGGUUCCAUCCCAACACAGGUCUUACCUGCACACUUCCCUUCUCUCCUUUGCCUGGUUUGAUCCCCAAAUACAGAGGCAAGGAGAAGCUCACUGGCUACUCACUUGCCAAGGGGGCUCCAGAUUGCACAUGGGUCCAGAGUCAGGUAAGGAGCAGACUUUAAAAAGAAACAAAUAAAACCAAAGCUGAUCCUUAAAGAUCAUUUCAGCCCUAGAACCUAGGAGAAGGAAGUCUACUGGAAUAACCUGUAUUCAGUAGCACAGAGAAGAAAUAUUGGAGAUCCUACAUGAGAGGUUCCCCCCCACCCCAACCAUUGCAAGGGCCCCUUGCAAGGUAUUACACUCUCUAGUUUAUCCUGAAGUCUGUUUCAGCAGUUGGUGACCACUGUUCCUGCCAUUCCCAAACUCACACUUCUAGACAAAUAAAUGGAACAUUUGCAAGUUGGCCAAAAUCCUACAGUAUAGCUAUUUACAAGAGUUCUAGCCAGUGUUCUCUCAUCCCCAAAAAGUUCCUUGCACUUUUGUUACACAAAAUACACUUUCACAGAGAUUGCUUAUUGAGGAGAUAAGGCAUCAGAAGAAAAGCAGUGUUUAUUGUCAUAAGCACGUCACAAAAUCAAGUGUUUGGAAAGGAAGUUGCUUCUCCGUUUACAUGGACUGGAUGCACAGAAAGAAUGCAAACUCUAAAGGUACUGAUGAACAUCAGAGAAAUCAGCGUCUCAAGCCAACUUUCUGGCUGAUGUGAACCAGCGUGGCCCCACUGACUUCAACUAAGAUAAGCCUUUUGCUAUUGAAGCCCAGUUGCUUUCUGGAGAAGAGAUUAUGAUUCCAUGUGGAGAGAUAAAAGGGAGGUGCCAGUGAAGGCCUUGGGAAAGCAAAUGGUUUGCUGCCCAGGUAUGGACUGGUGCAGCUGCAGUGGCUUCAGACAGGCAGCAAGGUGCUACAUGAUUUGGCCUAUAAACUACAGUGGGGAAAAAGAAUGGUCUCACCUGCCUAUUACUUCAAAUAGCUGGUGUUAAGCAAGUUCUGCCCAACACUGGUUAUCAGCAUGGUCACAGAGCCCCAGCUAUUUGAGUCCGUUUUCUGUUCACAGGGGGAUCACAGCAGGCACAGUGAGCACAGGCAGAGCUGUGCUCAGGCUUUUCUCUCCAUGCUACAUAUAACAGGAGACAGCCUUUCCACCAAUGCUGCCUUUCACUCCCUACCAGCUUAACUCAUUUCUCCAAUAUGCAGAGGUUUUUCAGCUGCUACAGAGGUCACAAUCCAGCUGACAACCUCACAGAGAGAAAAUGCAACAGUAGACCACAUUAUUGUUCUUGGAAGGGAAAAUGUAACUAGACUGCCACCCUCCACUGGAGAAUGUGCCCUCCAACUUAGCUCUUCUUUAGGUAAAGUUGUGUAAACUGAGCUUCAGUGAGCAGCAGCUCAGCCCAACUACUUCAACUAAUGCCUUUAAGUGGAGCCCUUCUGUGGCUCUUCUCUGGGUCUCUGCUUCAACUUCCAGGAGAGCUGGACGUGCAGCACAUGAGCUGAGCCCUGGCCAGCAAACAGCUCUAGUGGUGCCACACAGACUCCUGCUCUGGGCUGGAGGGAUCUGCAAAAGCCAAGCACGUAGAGCAAGAUGCCUGAGGUCUGAGCCAGCUCUGGACAACAUGAGCUCCAUGGGCAGACUUGCUUUCUACUCUUCCCCUCCUGGCCCUGCGGUGCAGCGCUGUGACACAAUGGAUCUUGGGAGCAGAGGAAGAACCCACUGCACCAUGAGACUCACCUGCUCUCUCUUACUCAUGGCAGUGUUCUGUGUGACACCUUUCCUCUGCCACAGUCAAAUGGAUCCGCUGGCUCUUGGGCGGGCAGACCCCCAGUGCUGGGAAUCCUCCUCAGCCAUUUUACUAGAAAUGAGGAAGCCUCACAUUUCUGACUCUGUCAGUGGCUUUUGGGACUUCAUGAUCUUUCUGAAAUCCUCAGAGAACUUGAAACAUGGGGCUUUGUUCUGGGACCUGGCACAGCUCUUCUGGGAUAUCUAUGUGGACUGUGUGCUCUCCAGAACCCAUGGCCUGGGGAGGAGGCAGCUGGCACAAGCAGAGCAGAAGAUGGCUACUCUACGUUCUCAGUUCGCAGGCAGAAACCAAGGGACCUUUUCUCAUAUUCAGAGGUCACCAGUUCUGAAGAAGAAAGACUCAUUUGAAGAUUUAAUAAGUAUCCACAUACAUAAGAGUAGAUCUAUAUUACUUGGAAGAAUCACUGGAAUGCUAGGAAAAAAGAGGAAAUUACACAUUUAGUCUAAGAUUUUGAUUUGUAGAUAAUUUUCAACUAUUUCUCCUUAAUUUUUGCAUUUCAAUCCCCAUUGAUAUCAAUUUAUGUGGUGGAAGAAGGCAUAUAACCUCGAGUGCUACAUCUCUGAUUAACUUGGACUUAUGGAUUUUCCUAAUUACCUAUGAAUUUAGUCUCCUUACUGAACUGCAUGAUUGAUAAGCAGUUGCCUACUUUAAUCUGUAUGUGUAUAUGUAGGGUUUUUGUAAUACAUGUGAUCUGUGCAAACUAUUGUCUUUUGGGUGCCAAAACAAGAAAUAACUGAUCCUUCAAUAAAACAGACAAGCAGAGAAGGAAGUUGUCAAAAAAACUCCACUGGCUCCAAGAUAGGAUCAGAGAAGAGAUGGUGGUGUUUGGUUGUAUGCAGAGC